UCUCGAUCUCUUGACCUCGUGAUCCGCCCACCUUGGCCUCUCAAAGUGCUGGGAUUACAGGCGUGAGCCACCAUGCCCAGCCCAGUUUUCCUUGUUUAUAAAAAAUUUGAGGUAGCAUAUAACAACCUUAUGAUAAAAUUAUGUCAAUUCAAACAGAAUAGAAAUGUUAGCAGGAAAAAAGACCACAAAUAAAUUAUAAAGUCAGCAUCAUUUCUAUAAUUAACUUUCAAUUUGGUGUUGAGUUCUGUAGCCAAAGCAAAAUGGCAUACAGUAUCUUAUUAUUUAGGAAGAGGAUGUAUAUUUGUUACUCAAAGGAAGCAUAGCUUUUCCUAGCACUGGAUUUCAAAAGCAAUUUUAUGGGGGUCACUGUCACAAAUAAUAUUUUAAUGGCAAGUUUAGUAACAUUUUAUAUGACUUCAUAUGGUAGUAUCAUCCAAUUGUUUUAUAUAAAAUGUAUGCAUGUGAUGAAUAAUUGUAUGUUUUAUUUUUACAGGAAUAUUGGAAAACCAAAAUGAGGCACAAUCAGAUGUGUUGUGAGACACCACCUACCGUCACUGUUUAUGUAAAAUCAGGGUCAAAUAGAUCACAUCCACCUAAAAAGGCCGCUACUCUGAAGCGUCCUAUUUUUAAAGAUAAUUGGCAAGCAUCUGAUAAAAAUACACAUAAUAACAACAAAUCUAAACGCCCCAAAGGACCUUGUCUGGUUAUACAGCGUCAGGAAAUGACUGCUUUCUUUAAAUUAUUUGAUGACGAUUUAAUUCAAGAUUUCUUGUGGAUGGACUGCUGCUGUAAAAUUGCAGACAAGUAUCUUUUGGCUAUGACCUUUGUUUAUUUCAAGAGGGCUAAAUUUACUAUAAGUGAGCAUACCAGGAUAAAUUUCUUUAUUGCUCUGUAUCUGGCCAAUACAGUUGAAGAAGAUGAAGAAGAAACCAAGUAUGAAAUUUUUCCAUGGGCUUUAGGGAAAAACUGGAGAAGAUUGUUCCCUAAUUUCUUAAAGUUAAGGGACCAGCUCUGGGAUAGAAUUGACUAUAGGGCUAUUGUAAGCAGACGAUGCUGUGAGGAGGUUAUGGCCAUUGCACCAACACAUUAUAUCUGGCAAAGAGAACGUUCUGUUCAUCACAGUGGAGCUGUCAGAAACUACAACAGAGAUGAAGUUCAGCUGCCCCGGGGACCUAGUGCCACACCAGUAGAUUGUUCACUCUGUGGUAAAAAAAGAAGAGAUGUUAGACUGGGAUUGUCUGCAUCAUCAUCUUUAUCCAGUCAUACAGCAGAGGUGAUGGAAAAACAUUCUCGGGAAUCAUACAACUCACUGUCAAUGGACGUAACAGGUGAUCCUUCUCAAGUUUAUACCUAUUCUCAAGUAGUCAAUGACCAUCAAUCAAACAAAGGAAAAAAAACUAAUUUCUUGAAGAAAGACAAAUCUAUGGAGUGGUUUACAGGAAGUGAAGAAUGAGAUGGCUCAACUAAACCAGUCUGGAAUCAUUUACUACAAAAUGUCAAACUAACUGCAAGACAAGUGUCAAAUGGGAUGUUUAAGCAGUUUUGCCAUGUUGUACAUCUUUAUUUUGUUAUUUUCAAAAUUAUAUGUAAAAGUUAUAUAAGUCAUAGUAAUAGCUAAAAAUACCAAUCUAUGAAAGUAGUAAUUUUCAAUGUAAAGUUCUAUUUUGAUACUUUUCCAUCUUCAAGUCAGUUGCUGUCAUCUGGAGUACUCAGUUAAGUUGUGGUUUGACCUUCCUCAACUUGACAAGGAAAGCUAAUUUAAGAGAAGAAAAACGUAAAGUCAUUAUAUUAAUUAGAAGAAAAAACACCAUUUAAUAUGGUCUGAAAACAUUACUCACCUGUAUGACCAGCUUGCCAGUGUACUGGUCUAGCAAUAUAGGGAAAUGAUCCAUAUGGAAAAUCAGAAUGUGAUUCUUCUGUUGUAAAAAAUAUAUGUACUAUAAGCUACAUAAAAUAUUUUAUAAUGUUUUCAUAAAAACUGUUAAAAUAUGAAUUACUCUCUUAUAAUAAAGUUUUUUCUCUCAUAGCUACUUUGCCAGUUACUAUACAGAAACAAUUUGUCAAUGAUUAUAUAAUAAAUAUAGAUGAUUUUAUAACCAAA